AUUCCUUACCUUAUGAAGGUUUUGCCUUCUUGAGGUCAAGGGUUCAAAUCCUCCCUCUCUCUCCUCCCCCAAAAAAAAAAUAAUGACAAUGAUUAAUGCAUUGGUUUUCACUGAUUAGACAGAUAUGCAAGCAUUACAUAAUCAGCAUGUCUAAAUUAAAGGUUACAUGCAUGACUGAAUUAUAAAGUGUAUUAAUUUGGGCCCACACACAUUAAAAAUACACCAAGGUCCUCAAUUCCUCUAUAAAUAAAUGCAUUGCUCAAAGUUGAUGAACAGCUAGUUAAACUUCUGAAUCGUUAGUUAGUGUUUACCUCCAAAUUCUGCUCCCAUGGCUCCUGUACCAAUUUCUCCUAUAAAGGUUGGCCAAAUCGACGAUGUCCAGGAGUUGAGAAGGGCCAAACUGGCAGCCAUUCCUGAGAGAUUCGUCCGGGACAUUGCUGAAAGACCAGCACUAGACACAGAGAUCACUCCAUCUUCAUCUAGCAACAUUCCCAUAAUAGAUUUCUCAAAACUCCUAAAAGGAAACAAAGAAGAAUUCGACAUUGAAAUAUUGAAGCUCUCAACUUCCUGUGAGAAGUGGGGAUUUUUUCAGGUGAUAAAUCAUGGGAUUGAUCUGGGUUUGCUUGAGAGCAUAGAGAAGGUUGCCAUAGACUUUUUCAUGCUACCUUUGGAGGAGAAACAGAAGUAUCCGAUGGCACCGGGGACUGUCCAGGGUUAUGGCCAGGCUUUUGUGUUCUCGGAGGACCAGAAGUUAGACUGGUGCAACAUGUUUGCUCUUGGAGUAGAGCCACACUUCAUAAGGAACCCAAAUCUGUGGCCAACAAAGCCAGUUGAGUUCAGUGAAACUGUAGAGGUAUACUCUAGAGAGAUAAGGAAAUUGUGCAAGAAUUUGUUGAAAUUCAUAGCCACAAGCCUUGGCCUGAAGAGGGACGUUUUUGAAGAGAUGUUUGGGGUGGCCGUGCAAGCCGUGAGGAUGAAUUACUACCCAGCAUGUCCUAGACCAGACCUUGUUCUGGGUCUAAGCCCCCAUUCAGAUGGAAGUGCUCUCACAGUGUUGCAACAAGGAAAAGGUAGCUCAGUUGGCCUUCAAAUAUUUCAUAACAACAAAUGGGUGCCUGUUCAGCCUAUUCCGAACGCUCUAGUCAUCAAUAUUGGUGACACCAUGGAAGUUCUCACAAAUGGGAGGUACAAGAGUACGGAACAUAGAGCAGUGACCCACAAGGAAAAAGACAGACUCGCAAUUGUCACAUUCUAUGCUCCAAGCUAUGAAAUAGAGCUUGGCCCAAUGCCAGAAAUGGUAGAUGAGCACUACCCUUGCAAGUAUAGAAGAUACAACCAUGGAGAAUAUGGCAAACACUAUGUGAACAACAAGCUGCAAGGCAAGAAAACACUGGAAUUUGCCAAGAUUCAAACCAAUAACUCAUCCUAGAGGGACCCCACAUAGUCCCACAACUUGGGUAUUCCUAUUGUCACUGAUUAAGUUUAGCUCCUUUGGGACUUGUAAAUAGAAUGGACCAACAUGCAAGUUGGGGAGAUUAUAUACUAUUAAAAUUAGGAGUGGGUGACUGAUGGAUUGUACUGUUUAUAUGGCAAAUCAAAUUUAUAUGUCUAUUAAUUAAUGGAAGUUUGUGAGUUCUUAUGAUUA